AUGAUGGAAGAUCAGGAACUGGAGAACUUUCUGAAUGCUUUCUUUUUGGCAAAGGCUGCAAAGUUUGACUCUCUGUUGCUUGUUGAUGUGAAUCAACCCGUCUAUACUGGAUCUCUCAGGGCACAUACCCAUAAGAAGAAACGCGGCACAAGGCUCCCUGAUUAUAAAGUGGAGGAUAUGGCUUAUUACUAUGCUACUGUUCCUGAUCAUUACAUUGAGGAUGGAUUCACCAUCUCUGAAGUUGAAGAUGGGGAGCCUAUGCCUUGGUCUCCCCCUCAGCCAGAUAAUGAUAAUAAUGAUCUUGAUGAUGAUUCAUCAGAUCAAGAUGGGUCUGAUGAUGAUGAAGAUGAUGACAUGGAUUCUGAUGAAUGGAUGUUCCUGCUACUGCAAAUGGUGUGUUUUCGAAAACUUCCAGUGAUCAAGGUGAUAGCUUUCAUUCUGUCUGCUUCUCAUGAAAACUCUGAUAAUUUUGAUUCGGAUGAUACUUCUACUUUUCAUAUGUCGGUUUCCUUUUAUGAGAUACCUGAUGUUCCACCCUCUGAGGCCAUGAUGGCUGACCCUUCCUAUGUCCCUGAUUUUAUUGUUCCUAAUGUACUUGAUUAUGCACCAACUAGAACUGUCUUUCCAAUCUCUAUAUUCCAUGGUUUCUAUUCCAGCCCUGAUGUUAGUGACAGUGCUGAUGGUAGUUUGGUACGGAAUGCUAGAAUAGUCAAUAGGACUAGGAAUUUUGCAGAUACUGCUUCUGAUUCUUCUGAGGAUUCUAAGUCCUCUAGCAGCUCUGUGGUUCUUAUUUCCAAGCAAUGUAGGGUUUCUUUCAAGAAGUCUGGGUCCCGUAGGCGUUUCCCGUCUGUUUCAACACUGACUCAGUUCCAAGAAGAUCCCCAGUUGAUUGAUACUGAUGAGGAAGAUUUCUUCAUGAAUGAAGAUGUUAACCUUUCUGAUGACUCUGUUGCAUCUGAUGCUUCUUCAGGCAGUCAGAAAAGAAGUUCUGAGGACUCUGAAGAAGAGCAAGAAAGACCUGGUAAGAAACAGGCUAACAGUGCAGUUGAGAAAGAGGUUGAAGACCUGUUUAAGGCUUUGGACACUGCUUGGAUAAUGCCUGAAGCUGAGAUGAUGGAGGAUGAUGCUGAGGUCCAACAAUCUGGCCAGUAG